AUGACUUCUAGUUCACAAGUUUCUUCUAUAUACUCUAUACAACAAGAAUGUGCUUCACUUGGAUCUAAUAUAUCAAACACUAAUGAUAUAGACAAUGGUUCUGUUAAUUAUAAUAUAUCUAAUGUAAAUGAACAACAAAACAUUGAAUUUGAAGAUCAUGAAAAACUUGAGAUUGUUCCUAGCUUAGAAUCAAUGUAUAUUCAAUAUAAUAAUUGGUUUUCAGCUCAUAUUAAACCUACUAAUAUAACUGCAUCAGCACAAUUAUUGCCUGAAGUUGACAAAUAG